UGAUUUCAAAAGCAAAUAAUUACCUUUUGUUUCAAUUGUAUAUUUAAGUAACUUACCAAAACAGAUUUCUAUUGAUUUGGUAAAGUCGAUAUUUCUUUUACAUUGAAAGGAAAUAAUUCAGAAGUAAUUACACAAGGAUUUAAAUUGGUAUAAUACAUUUAUAAAAGGAAAAUAACAACCUUGUGUAUAAUGGGGAGACAACUGUGGGCUGUAUGUGUAUGGCUGCUGUAUAUAUUGCUGAUUCCUGGACCAGCAACAACAUUGUUAGAUGAGAACUUGUAUAAUGACUUGACAUGUUCCAGUCCCACCAUUGAUGAUGUUGGUGUGGAUCCCAGUGCAUCACUGACUUUGACAGGUCCUGAUAAUAACUUGGCAUUCUCCUACAUUUCUGAAAACUUCAAGUAUAUGUUCAAAUGCUGUGGAAAAAUCAAGCAAUGGAACCUGAUGGCUGGUAAAAGAGGAACAAUACAGCUACAGGUUUGGAGGAGAACUGACACAACUGUAUAUGAAAUGAUUGGAGAAAACUAUUGCCAGAUUACAAGUACCAGUCCAACUGUAACAACAUGCAUAGUUAAUGACUAUGACAAAAUUUUGGUGAGAAAAGGAGAUUUUGUUGGCUGGCACAAUCAGGGAAAUGAGACAAUAUUGUAUGAAGACGCGGGUCACUUCAGUGACAGCACAUUGGAGAAUCUGUUCCGACGUAAGAAUAUUGGAGACUUAUAUCCGGGAGACACGUAUGACUGGAGUGAAGUAGAGGCAUACAAUGAUAGGCUGUAUGCUUUACAAGCUAUAUAUGAAACUUCUCAAAACCCAGCCUUUUCUGUAAAUGACAUGACAGUUCCAGAUUAUAUAACAUCGGGUGAUACAGUUGGAAGGAUUACAUAUGAAGAUUCUGAUUACAUGGACAACAGGUCAUUGGUGGUUGUACCAUAUGAGACAGCAUCAUAUUAUACUACUGAUCUGCCAUCAGGCUAUGUAACAGCCAGCAAUAACUACCGACCCCGAGAUGAUGUUCUCAAAUAUGCUAUGUAUGACCUCUGUUAUAAAACAGCCACAGCUACAGUUACUGUCUCUGUUGCAACAACAGUACUUGUGAUUGACAAUCUGGAUGCAACAUUGACAAUAGCGGAAACAAGUAGCGCACAGACACUGUUACAUACAGUCACAGUAACAGACCCUGUAGAUCAGUGGUAUUGUUAUUCUGGCUGGUCAACAUCUUUCCCCUUUAUGUUAAAGGCAUUAACUACUGAAUCAUAUGGCUUCUAUGUAGUUGAGCAUCCUGACUUAGCCUUUGACACUAAAUCAAGCUAUUCUUUAACAGUAACAUGUGUAGAGAAUAAUAAUGUUGCAACAACAGCUACUGUGACAGCCACUAUACAAGUUGAUGUGACAGAGAAUCAACCACCUACUAUGACAAAUCUUGAUGCUUCGGUUUCGGUUGAUGCAGAGACAGCAUUUAUGGGAGAUUCAGUGUUUGUUGUCACAGCGACGGACCCAGAGAAUGAAAUUGUUACGUUCAGUAUGACUUGUACAUCAGGAGGUGUGACAGCAGACGAUACGUUUAGAAUUCUUGCAAACGGUGAUGUUGUUUUGAAGAAGUUUUUGCAAUCUGCAACAAACCACCAGUUUGACUGUCAAAUGACGGCAACAGACGCUGGUGGAACUCAAAAUACAAAUAAUCUACAUAUCUAUUUAAUCAAUAUCAAUCACCCGGUAACAAUUACCAACAUGCCUCCAAAUACAGUACAGCUUCAGGAAAACAUGGUGACAGGAACGUCAAUCUAUACCUUUGAAUAUGCAGAUGCUAACAGGGGUAGCUUAGAUACCAAAUCAUGGACUAUAUCAUACAGUGCUGAUACAGCCAGUCGUUUCUUCAGCAUUGAUCCUGACUCUGGAAUUCUCUCCCUUGCUUUUUCUGAGAUUGAUGCAGAAGAAGUGGGUGUGAGUACAAAUUAUGACCUCACCAUUACUGUAGGUGAUGUAAAGAGUACCACCUCUGAUACUCUUACCAUUCAGAUUAUAAAUGAGAAUGAGGCACCAUGGUUUACUGAAGAUUAUUAUGCCAUAGAAAUUCUUGAAGGACCGGAUGGUACUCAGGUUACUGCUGGUACAUUGUUUACCUUCAAUGAUGAAGACCUCACAGAUAAUGGAAACUCGUACGAAGAUCACUUCUUUUCAUUAGACUGUGACAAUGUUACAAAUACGCAAAGAUUCUAUAUUGAUACUGAUUCAGGAGACAUUCAGUAUGAAGGAGAUUAUGACCUUGACACAGCUGGGACACCCUUGGAUCUGGAGUGUACCAUAACAAUCACAGACUAUCAUGGACUGUAUGAUACUGCCAGUCUCUACAUUCAUGUCAAGAAUGACAAUGAGUUCAGUCCAGAAUUUACACAUACCUCCUACACUUUUUAUCUUCCUUCCAAUACAAAAGUCGGUACGUAUUUGGCGACAGUGUCUGCCGUUGAUUAUGACUCUAGUGAUGAUGACGACAAUGUGAUAACCUAUACAUUAGAUGCAGCAGGACAGGCCUUGUUGACAAUAAAUAAUGACGGAAACCUCUAUACAGUUGAAAGUUUUGAUUUGCAUAUUGGGUCAACACAUACUGUAGAAGCAUAUGCCUCAAAUUAUAAUGUAGCGGGUAGAACAGGGACCACAGUGAUCACCAUAGAGAUUCCAGCUACCACUACUACAACAACAACAACAACUGAUAGAAAUAAAGAUUUCUAUGAAGAUGAAUGGAGUUACUACUGGUUGUUGGCAGCACUGUUUGGUUCUGUUGUAAUUGUGGUUGCUGUGUCACUGGUGUGUUACCGUAUCUGUAGGCUGACAAGGAUUGGACCAUACUGUUAUCAUUGCUGUAUGAAGGGAAUAUGCUGUAGACCACCACCGCCUGGUGUCCGAGGGUUUGGUGACAAAGGCUAUGAUUUGGCUAGUUUUGGACAUAGACACAAAUAUGCUGACGAGGAUGCAGAAAUUGAUGGCUGGCUACCCACAAAGCGAGACUCCAAAACCAAGAAAACAAAUACCCCUGCAGAAGGUGCACGGUAUGGUACACCAAACAGUGGAUAUGACUGGUCUGGUGAAGUGAGACCUGAACCAAUCUAUGAAAUGUUCCGAGUUCCUUCAACAAGCACUGUACCAAAGGCAGCCAACUACCUUGAUCCUUAUACAUCAACUAGAAAGGUUCCCAGCUGGAAAGAUCGGAGACCUCUCGUGGACAGGCCAUGACAAAUCUCCACCCCCACUUACACCACAAUGACAAAGAAAGCUUCAUUUACAUUUCCGUCAUUGUUUUGGAAAACAUAUUAUCAACUUUAAAGGCUGCAGGUUGUGUCACUGUUUUGGAGACAUUAACUUAGUUCUGUACGUUUGAUAAACCAAAGUGAUGGUGUAACACCAUGUAUCCCGAUAACUUAGAAUAAAGCCUGGACUUCACAUACGAAAAGGAAAAUCAGUUUAAUAUGAAUUAAUGGCAACACAUGAGUAAAUCUAUUAAAACGGCAACGUUACUAUCUUUUUUAAAUUAAAAUGUUUGACAGGUUAUAUAAUGCCAAAUAAUGUUUUAGAACCAGCUUGAAAUGUAUGGAUCACUUUUAUCAUAGGCAAAUAUUUCAAAACCAAGCACACAGAUAUACACAUUUUAUCCACCAACAUUAAAUCGCCCAAUGCCGGAGAUUUUAUCUCAUCAUUUUGUAUAUCAUAUGAUUAUUACUACUGUGAGGAGUUUCAAUAAAAUGUACACUGUAGAACAAAUUCUAUUUGCCAAAAUGUUAUCAAAAUUGUGAUUUUCCAAUAAACAGCCAUUAUGACACCCCUUUAUGAAAACUUGUGUGAGGUUCAAAUUUUUCCAAUCAGUCUAGCAAAAAAUCAAGCACAUGACCCUAUGUUUUUUAUUUGCAGAAUGUUCUAAGUAUAUUCUCAAGUUUUGGAAAAAAUCCAGGUUCAAAUCAAAUUCUACAUUGUAGAAAAAGAAUUGAUCACAAUGUGCAGAACUACCAUAAAUUCAGUGUUUUUGUUGUUGUUUUGGAAUGACUGUUACAUGGACUGUCUUACAAUGCUUGCAGAUUUCAUAUACUAGCAAACUUGCAAACUUCUAUGAAACAAUUCACAUUUUAGUCACUAUUUUGCAGGCUGAAAAAACUGUUUUGGAUAUAUUUACGUAUUAACAUACAUCUGUAAAUUAAGUUUGUUCUUUUCUGGCAUAACUUUUUCUUUAAUUUUUAUCAAAAUUGCUCUAAUCAAGAGACAACUGAAAAUGUGACAUCAUUCUGUGUUAUUCUUCAUUUUCUACAGACUGCUGUUAUCUUUUAUGUUCAAAAGAUGUAUUUGCAAUACAAAACUUUUAUACACAAGGAUUAUAUAUCGUUUAAAGACAUUUGAUUGUCCAAUAUUGGCUUUGUAUUGUAAAACAAUGGGGAUUCAAAACAUUGCAAUAGAACAUUAAUAAUUAUUUAAAUGCAAAAUUACGUUAUAAACAGUGUAAAUGCUUUCUGCUGAUUGCUAAUCAAUUAUUUAGCCAACUUUUCUUUUUGUGAUAAACAUUUGGUAAAAAUAAACCCUUGUUAAAGUUGUUAUAGUCAUAAUUAAACAAUUUUUGUAAUAUUUUAUUUA